AUGGACGAUAUUUACAAUGAUAUCGGAAACUUCGAGAAGAAGCUUAAGUAUGCUGGUCCGAUGGGAGCCCACGAGGAAAGUAGCUCCGAGGAUGAAGCACCAAUGGAUGAUAGAGCAAGACUUGAGGAUAAAAAUAGAGUCCUCCUAGAAAAACUUUACAAAAGUCAGAACCAAGUCAAGGAAUACAAAUCCAUAAUUGAUACAAUCCAGAGUAGUGAUGGGAAGACUGUUGAUUUCAAAGACAAGAAAAUUCUUGAACUAGCUAGAAAGAACAGAGAUCUACAAGUAAGAAUUGAGUCAUUGAAGAACAAAGCAGCUAGGGCCAUGGAAGAAGUAAUCCGUCUUAAGCAAGGUGAUGAAAUGCCUCCUUCUGAAGAGACAAAGACAAUGAACAGGACUAAUAUCUCUACACUCUCUGAACCUCCUGCGGAAGGGUCGGAUGAGAACUAUAAAAAGAAGUUCAAAAAGCAAGAGGAAAGAAUUGUUAAGCUCAGAAAUGAUGUUCAAAAGUACAAAACUGACUUUGAAAAAGCCCUUAAAAUCAUUGAAAGAGAGGUAGGCGAGGGAAAGAGCAUUGACGAGAUCCUCAAAGAAGACUCCAAUUGGAAGGGAAGGGCUCAAAAGAUUGAAAUGUACAAAGCCAAGAUCAAGAAACUUAAACUUGACUAUGGAGAUAGCGUUUCCACAACAACCUUCACCAGUGAAUUUCAGGCUCCAAAGUCACAUGCUACCAAGAACUUAGAAACUAUUGGAAUGAACAGAGCUAGAGAAUUAGACAAGCUUAAGGAAGAAAUCGUUGUUGUCACAGACCAACAUGAGUCCCUCCAGCAGAAAUACAAAGGAGCAUGCGCCCGUAAGAAAGCAGUUGAGAAUGAAAUGAAAGAGCUCAAAAACCUCAUGGCUGAAAAGGUCAAGAUCCUCAUUGACAAAACUGAGAAUGAUGACAAACUCAUUAAAGCCUUAAGGAAUGAGAAUGCCAGGCUCCAAUCUAAGAAAGGAGGCAAAGCUGUGGCAUCUACAUCAUCUAGUGACGAAGCUUAUGAAGUAAUUUAUCAGCUCAAGCAAGAAAAUUCUCAGGUAAAGAAUGAACUCUCUGUCGCAAAAGCAGAUCUUCAAAAUAAAGAAGAAAGAGUAAAAGAACUUACAAUGAACUGUAUCGGAGCUCCAGAUGAAAUCCUUGAAGAAAAGGAGAAUAUGAUCAUGGAUCUAGAAGAAAAAGUAGAAAUGUUAGAAAGAGAGAACUUUGUGCUUAAAAAUGAAAAGCCAGAUCACACCAGAAGAGCUCCUCAGACUGAGAACGAUAAAAUAAUCACAGACCUUUCACAGCAGAAUGCAAGAUUACGUCUAAAGAUAUCUGAGCUAAAUGAAAAAAUAGAAGAACUAAGAGGGAAUGCAGGUUAA